UACUUUUGUAGCACAUUGGACAACGGUACUUCCGUUUCUUUUUCUUCUUUGAAACAUUUCUCGUGGUAUUUUGUAAGGGCUUGAAUAUCCUUUCGGAUUGUUUAAGACUGCUCGGCUGUGUCAAAUAGUCCGGGUAAUCAUUACCUUCAUUUUUUAGAGUCGGUAAAUCACAAUGCGUGUUUAAAGAUUCACUCUCAGUUUUUGGCUGUACAAAUUCACACGCUUCUUGCUUGAUAUCACUGAUAUUCACAUAUAAAUCCGUCGCUUUAACUUUACAAACAUUAGGUUCUUCCUUAAUGUUCAUAGGACACUCAUAGUCUUGUUCAGUUUUUAUAGGCAAACCCGAACGGGGCUCAAUUUUCGGCACUUCACAUUCUAAAAUCUCUUGUUUAAUUUCACCAAUGUCUACGAACUCUUGAGGCUCAAAAGUGUCGGCUUUACUAUCGAGCACAUGUUCGUUUUCACACGUUUGUUCUGUUUGAACAGAAUCAAUGUCUGGUUCAAUUUUAAUAACCCCUUCAUGUAGAUCGAAGGGCUCUUGUUUCACGUCCAUUGCUUACACCGUUUUAACUUUCAAAUAAACUACAACUACAAGUUAUAAUUAUAACAGCAACUAGAAAUAGCACUUAGUUAGCUAAUAAAUACACUUCCUGUUAAACUCGAAUAAAGAUAAAGAAAUGGAUAAAGCGCCGCAUAAGCUAUAAACAAUAACGACUGUCAACUGUCAACUGUCAACGUCUGUCAUCUGUCAUUGCUGAAUCGAUAUUUCGUUUUCUCAAUCAAGUGUCGAAUGAAAAAGUUACAAGUACUUUUUAUACUUAUUAAAAUGAAUGCUUUUUUGUAAGCAUGUUGCUAUUGAUUAAACUCGACUGAGUUUCCAAACGCAACAAUAAUCGCUUUUUCGUUUACAGUAAAAUCAAACAGUAAAAAUUUACUUGUAAAAGAUGUUGCCUAUACAUUAGUUGCGCGUUGCGUGUAUGGAAAAACUGUGAUUAGUUGAUGGCAAUCGCGUGACCGUCGUGACCUCACAUGAUAUUUCAAAGCAACAGACGCCAUCAUGUUUUCGAUUCUGCCAUUGUGUAUUGUGAAUGUAAUAUCGUGAGGUAUGAUAACGUGAAAUGGAAAUAACGGAUGAGUCACUCAUUGAAAAUGUACAAAUCCAUCCGAUUUUGUACAAUUUAAAAUUACCACAAUACCGAGAUCAUAAUAUGCGACAAGAAGCAUGGGAAGAAAUAGGCAAAGAGUUAAAUAUGCCAGGUAAGCAGGCUGAAACUCUCAAAAAGAAAUGGGAUAAACUGCGCAGGUGCUACAUAAACGCGCUGAGUAGGCGUCGAACAAGAAGAGAAGAUUCGACCAAAAACAUACAUCCUUGGAAAUACGAAUUGCAAAUGUCAUUUCUUUUACCUUUCAUAGAAAGCAGGAAACAACAUUCUUUAAAUUUACCCAACAAUGUUGAGAUCUUUAUAGAAGACAGUGAUAUCCAGAAUGAAAAUAAAUACGAUACCGCUGAAGAUCAGGAUCAAAAAUUCGACACAAGUUUAUAUGAAAACGACGAUUCAUCAAAUUUGAGUGCAAAACUAUCAUUACCUUCUGUCAAAAGGCUCAAACUUAUGAGAUCUGAUAAUGCUUAUCAGGAAGCUGUAAACGUAUAUAAUGAAGAUGUUAGUAAUCGAAAGUUUAAUGAGACAUAUUCAGCGACUUCUAUUCUGGAUAUGGACGAAACUGAUAUGUUCUUUAUCAGUAUGUCAAAAAUGACAAAAAAGUUAGCACCUAUAGAUCAAGCGAAAAUUAAAUUAUUGCUGAGUAAUGCUGUUUUAAGUGCUCAAAUAAGCAUGUCCGAAAAUCAAUCCGAAGCUUCAAAUUCCAAGAUGUGCUCAGAUUAAUCAUUUUUAAAAUAACUCAAGAUAAUUGAUUCCCAAGCAAAGUUUGUGUCAAGUUAUUUUGUUACUACGGUAACCAGGUGACAAAAUUACUUUUGUAAGAAAUGAUUCUAUACUAUUCUACUGAAGGCCUUCAAUAAUUCUGUAAGGAGAGCCAACAAUUGUGUAAUGGAAAUGGAAAAGGCUGAAAGUGCCACAAAGUAAAAUUUUCAGUAUUCAAUAAAAACUUCAUAAAAC